UGACAUUGUGGCUAGCUGCGCCUAUGGGACGCCGAGCGAUAGCGAUAACUUGAUAAAACCAUAAACUGAUAAGAUAUUCGUAUUUUGAACAUCAUAUCUAGCACACGUCAAGUAAGCGUCAGUGCUAUGAGGAAACUCGAAUAAGGAGUCUCAUAACUUCUAGUCAAUCGCCGACAGUCUUUUGUUUUACGGCGAUCUUGAAUGUCAAACUUUUUUUGCGAUUUUGUGGUGGUGCUGUGAAGUGAGAGGGCAAGCUGUUGGAUGGAAUAAGAGUGAAAGGGAGGCGAGAUGUGCAUCGGCGCGCGAGCGACGCACGCGCUGCAGCAUGUAAACCUGCUGCUUGUGCUGUUCGCCGGCGCCGCUCUAUUCACGGGCGCUCGCCUCCGCUGGGACCCGACCCUCUACAUUGCGAUCCGAGAGUUGCUUCCGUUCGAGUACCGCGUGCUGGCGGGGGCCUUACCGUCCGCAGGGGUCGCGUUACUGGCCGCGGCUCAUCUUGCCAUCGUUGCCUCCCAACACAGGCCCAAGAGAAUCCUGCUUUACACGUAUGCAGGCCUAAUGACUCUUGGGAUGGCACUGGAGAUAGCACUCGGGGUCUGGGUGUACUCCCGCAUAGUGGCCUUCAUAAAUUCCCCGGAGGCUGCGGAGAUGAAGCAUAUCCUGGCCACGAGAGAGCACCUAGAUCCUCUGCUCCAGCAUUUGUCGCGGUGGCACAAGAUACCGGAGCAUCUUAGUGAGCUUGUCAAGGAGGCAGAAGCAGACGCCCCCUGGAACGGCUACGUAGCCGCCGCAGCCCUAGCAGCCCUCUUCCUCCUCCAACUCCUCGGCGUGGUGUUCGCGAUACUAGCGGCGCGCGCGUCGUCUAAGGCUAAACGUCAUGUGCAUACAAAGUAUACGAACGGUGGACUGUCGGCCAGUCGCGUGUCGCUUGUGGAUUCUAUCAGGAACGGUGGGCAAAUAGCCGCUCAGCAUUGCAAGCUCGUAAUAGUUUGGCUCUCUCUGGACAGAAGCAGCCUCAGCGGGCGCAGCAGAAGCAACGUGGACGUGCUCCCUCAGACGCCGGCCAGCGUCAGGAGUUACCGCAGCGGCAGGAGCGAGGAUUACGCGCCGCUGAAGGCUAAAUACAAGAACGGGGUUCUUGUGCCGGUGUGAAUGUGCUGACUGAAAGAGACUCAGGUCGACCGAUUAAGACUUUUAGGCUUAAUUUAACACAAGUAUAGGUACCGUAUAGGUACCCGUAAACUCAGGUAACUUUAGUCCACAUCACACAACUACAGUCCUAAUUCAAGUCUUAGUAAAACAUAGUUUUGAAAUAAUGUUGCGUAUAUGUAGGUAUUCACGAUAUCUAUAGAUCAAAAAAUAGUACCUACAAGGUGGGAAAAAAAUAAGUGCAUUCCCGUUGCCAGGGUGGUUUCGGGAUUAUAUUGAGCAACUUUUACUAUGAGACCAACCCCGAAAUCGCGAAAUUUUUUUUGACUGUUUCUUACAUUUUGGCUGGUCCAUUUAAUUCUAUGGGAAAAUAUAUUUUUUUUGCGAUUUCGUGGUUGGUCUCAUAGUAAAAGUGGCUCAGUAUAAUCCCAAAACUUCCCUGGCAACGGGAAUGCACUUAUUUUUUAGCUACCCUGUAUAUCUAAAAAUUUGUACCUAUCUCGAGGCAUGUCAUGUCGUAUUUUAUAGAACUAUUGUAUAUACCUACUAGUAUUAAUAAGAGUGAGCUGAACCUAGCUAGACUAAAAAACUAUGGAUUAUAGAUAAUUGAGUUUGACGGAUGAAGUAGAUGGCGCCAUAAGUUCGAAUGUCAACUCUUGACAAACAGAGUUUAGCACACAAUGUGCGAAUCAGUACGGCGCCACGUCUACAUCAUUUGUCAAAUUACUUAGACUUAAUCAAUUCAUUCAAUCUUAGGCUUUAACAUCCUAAGGCCCAGAUUUUUCAUUUUGAAACUGAAAUUUGAACCUAUAGUGCAAGGAGUUGAUUUUGUAUUGUUUGAAAAUAUAACGAAACAAAAGGAACUAUUCCAAAUGAAUAUGGUUUAAAUAUCAUCGAACUGAAUAAGUAGGUACUAUAGAAAGGACCAUGGGCCUUAGGAGGUUAAAACUCAAUUAAUAACGCUUUGACCUAGACAUAAUUAAGAAGUCAGUUACCUAUCACGCGUGUCCUAAAUAUGAUGUUGGCUCUGAAUGAUGAAUGUUGAGAUUUGUGAAUGUAUUUUAGUUUUGAAUGUUGAGAUUUGUAAUUUGU